AUGGAAGACAUCGAUGACACACGCGCUCCGCUCCAAGCCUCAACCCCCACUCACACUCCAAGCACUGCCACCGGCGCCCCAGCAGAACCCACUUCACAAAAAACACCUUCUUCGCCGCAACCACAGCGCCGCAAGUCUGGCCGCGCCUUCCGCAAGUCUACAGGAGGGCCGCCAUCCCUACCUGCUCGCCCCGUUAAUCCUGACGCGGACCCAGGCCCCACGCCUUCCGCCGCUCCGGCCCCGCCCUCGCCGGGCGCCAAAUCUGUUCCCCCAGCUAGAGUCACAAGGCAGCGUGCCUCGCAAGAUCAAGAGACACCCUCCAAGGCUUCUCCUGUCCGUGCUGUUCGUCGCGGCCGCCCGCCGGCUUCAGCGCAGAAACGCUCCGCCCCCCACACGCCCGUCGUUACCUGGAAUGAAUCUCCAGAUAAACGAAGGAAAAUCGUGGCUAGUGGGGACGUUGCUAAUGGAGUGCGACCAUCCCCAAUAGUGGAAAGAGUCACACGUAGUGGUGGUCGGAAAGAAGAAGAAUCCGUUGAGAAAUUAUCUACAAAGGCUGUCACGGCCAUUGCCGUCGAGGCAGCUCUUGCCAGUGCAAAAGCUGUGUUUAAACCCCUUAGUGAUCAGCUAGCAGCACUUCGCACUGAACUGGAAAACGUCAGCGAAGCAGCAAGGCGUGCUGCCGACGAAAUCCCCCUCGAAGCGUCCAGGAAGAGGCGAGGGAAGUCCGGCUCUAGUCCCGUUUCUGCUGCUGCGGAUGCUUUGCAACUUGAUUUGUCCGAGCUCUUAGGUGGUGGUGAGGCGAGAAUUCGUGCGUACGCCAAUCUCAGCGACAAUGAAUUUGAAAACUUUCACAAGCUCAUUGAAGACCAGCGAAAAGGUCUCAAAGAAUUUGAUCGCAUCCUCCAAGCUGCGAAGGAGUUGGGCAAGAAAGCAGAAAAGAACGCUGCCAGAGAUGCCCGCGCAGGUAGAGGCAGGAGUCGUCGAGGCUGAGCAUCAACUGAAAAGUUAUGAUUCGCACCCUCACGACUUUGUCGAAGAGUGCUUUGAGAGAAACUCUCGCAUGUGCGAUUCUUUGUAUCAGACCUCAACGUUUGACGAGCAAGUUCACAGGGCGAGAUGCUUUCGCGAUCGCACCUGUGCUUUUGAGACGAUUUCAUGCUCCCCAUUUCUGCUUAAGUGUGUAAAGUGCCGCUCGCGUAUGUACCGACGUUGCAAAUGCCGUUCGGUGUGUGCCACGCGAAGUCUGCUGUCAACGAGGAUUGGCCUGCAAACCAGUUUAUGCCUGAUGGCGACCCACUCAUGCACACAAAAUCAGAAGCUAUGAUGUAAAGAACGUACUCCUGUUGGAUUUUUGGAUGAUUCAAGUGACCCUUGCAUUUCAAACGUGUCUUUGUCUAUGUGAAAUUUUACUGCCGCUCACAACAGGGGAUUGCCAGAGUGAGGAAGGUCUUAGGGCUAGCUGACAACUUCACUCGGUUUGCCCCAUGGAAUGCAACCGAAACAACCUUUGAGUACAAUGUUCUGAGCGAAGAGCGAGCGAGACCAGAGGUUACAGGUGUCGACCACAGGACGUGAAGUCCUUUCGGGUCAGUUCCAUGGCACGACAUGAUGUAACAGUCCUUUGUCAGAGUGAUUGAGCGUUGACUCGAGUUGAUACUAUUCGUUGUCUUUUAACUCUCUGUUAACGAGAAUUGACACUGUGGUUGUGGUGAACUGGACGGUCCGCGUGCGCUCUCAACAACACGAUUGUGACCGCAGCCUGCCACAAGAUGAGACGGCUGUGUGAGCGAUUGGAGAAAAAGUCGCAGCUCGAUACGCGGUGUACCCAUUGACAGGGAUACAAUAUUUCGACGGCAAUACAAAGGAUAUAAUUUUUCUCCAUUAUGAUGUACGGUAUCUGCCUCACCUCAAGUACAGGCCUUCUGCGUGCUUGCCCUGGACCUGUUGGUAGCAAAACAUACAUCCAUGGGCAUAUUUAACAGCGUGAAGUUCCGGACAGGCCAAUUUUUUGUCGCCUUCCAUGGUCAUUUAUGGUCGUGGUUGUGUUAUAUUUGCCGAUGAUGUUUCAGAUGCUAAUACGUGAAAGUAUGCGUCAGUGUCGAACGCGACUCCGACGAGCGAGGCCUACAGUUUGAGGCAGACAAAGUCAAUACUCAACGAGCGUGCACGCAGUACUAACACUUUGCACUAGUCCUUCGCUAAACGUUUUUGAUGAAAUGCUUCUCAUUUAAGUGAGUGCGGCGUGAUACCACCUACCAAAAAAUCAGACAUAACAGAAUACAACGGCUAUUACUA